GGCUCCUAGCCACAACACCACACCACACCACAUUUUACAUUUACAACAAAAUUACUUCAUUACAUCUUUAUUGGAGUUGGAGAUGACGAGCAUGAGUGGUGCUCUAGUGUCUCAAUUACAUCUCAACAGCAGCAGCACCGCCACUGGCUGCUGCUUAAAUUAUCUCCCUCUCAUUUCUAAGCAUCCCGAAUUUGUACAAAUUACUUCCCACAAACAAAGGCUCAAUUUAUCUGCUAAAAAACUUCCCAGAAAAUGGAGGAGAACCGUUUGUUUUGCAGUUGACGAUUUCAAGGAAAAUGAUCAAUCUUCUAACAGUGUUGGUGUUAGUUCAGCUCUUGAAGAUAGACCCAAUGAACUUCAGAACGUUGGCCAAGUAGGUGGACAAAGUUCUAUCUACGAUUUUCUUUAUCCUAAUAAAGAUGAUCUCCCUGAUGAUCAGGAGAUGAGUAUAUGGGAUCACCUAGAGGAGCUUCGACAGAGAUUAUUUGUUUCAGUUUUGGCUGUUGGGGCAGCUAUUUUGGGUUGUUUUGCUUUCUCAAAAGAUAUAGUUUUGAUCCUUGAAGAACCAGUUAAAGAGCAAGGUGUUCGUUUUCUGCAACUGGCUCCGGGCGAGUUCUUCUUCACAACAUUAAAGGUUUCAGGAUAUUGUGGUCUUCUUCUUGGGAGCCCUGUGAUCCUGUAUGAAAUUAUCGCAUUUGUGCUACCUGGUCUUACUAGGGCAGAGAGAAGAUUCCUGGGCCCUAUUGUUUUAGGAUCCUCCGUUCUUUUCUAUGCUGGUAUUACCUUCUCCUAUUUGGUGCUUGCCCCAGCAGCAUUGAACUUCUUUGUGAAUUAUGCGGAAGGAGCUGUUGAAUCACUUUGGUCUAUUGAUCAAUAUUUUGAAUUUGUUCUGAUCCUGAUGUUCAGUACAGGGUUGUCUUUCCAGGUUCCAGUCAUACAACUUUUGCUAGGACAAACAGGUUUAGUAUCUGGAGAUCAAAUGCUGUCAAUUUGGAGAUAUGUUGUGGUAGGUGCUGUUGUAGCUGCUGCAGUGUUGACACCCUCAACCGAUCCCCUAACCCAAAUGCUUCUGGCGGGCCCACUUUUAGGGCUUUACCUUGGUGGCGCCUGGGCGGUGAAGGCCACUGGCCGCUAGUUAACACAAUAAUGGCUUUUGCUAGUCGCUGUGAUUAUAUUUGUAUAGUAUAUUUUAUAUACCCCAUUUCUUAUUUGUAUGAAUACGUGCCAGGAUUGUACUUUGAUAUGACAUGGAAAUCAUGGAUUAUGCUACAAGACCAUUUUUUGGGCCAUUCUGUUUGGUUCAACGUA